UACUAUUAUUUUUAUAAUAAUACAUUGCAGUUACAAUUUUUUUUAUUCAAUUAUAUUUUCACGGUAACUAUAUUUUCAAGCACGGUUUUUUUAAUGAUAACAUAUAACAACUAGACUCUAACCGAUAAAACUAGCAAUAUGUCGAAAGUCGGUGCGAAAAUAAAUACACUAAAAAAGACUAUUGAAAAAGUUCAACAUACCUCAAAAUUACGUACAGACAUUCCAGCAGGGAUGGCCGCCGCAGGGCCUCCUUUAGGCCCCAUGCUUGGACAGCGCGGUAUCAACAUAGCUACGUUUUGUAAAGAUUUUAAUGAAAGAACAAAAGAUAUGAAAGAAGGAAUCCCUUUACCUUGUCGUGUUGCUGUUAAAUCUGAUAGAAGCUACGAUUUAGUUAUUCAUAAACCACCAGCUGUAUUUUUUCUGAAACAAGCUGCUGGUCUUCAAAGAGCCGCAAUGUAUCCAGGAAAGGAAGUCGCUGGAAAAGUUACUCUGAAACAUAUUUAUGAAAUAGCAGUUAUUAAAAGUACGGAUCCGCCUUUAGCUCUAAAAUCACUUCAAGAAAUAUGCACCAUGUUAGUUGGAAUAGCCAGAUCCUGUGGAAUAGAAGUAGUUCGAGAUUUAAAAGUUGAAGAAUAUGAACAAUUUAUGAAUGAAAGAAAAGUUAUUGUAGAUAACCAAAAGAAAGAACUGCAAGAAAAACGUGAAGCAAAAAUGCUGAGAACUGGCUAAUCAUAAACAGAAUAAGAAAUAAGUAGUUAUAUUAUAUGUACAAAAAUGUAAACAAAUUUAACAUUGUUUAGAUAAAUAUUUAUAA